AUGAUGAGAACCAGUGCUUCGCAGUUUGAAGUGAUGAUAGAUUUUAUGGAGAGGAAUGGUGACUUAAAUAAGCCAAGCGAUGGCCCUAGCGGCAGGCUAAGGGCCGUUGACAAGUGGCAAGAGUUAGCGAAUGCGCUCAACUUGGACACGACGGGGACUUCCAAGCCGGUAGAAAAGUGGAAAAAGGUGUGGAGUGACCUUAAAAAUAACACUAAGCGGAAGGCUUCUAAAAUUCACCGAGCUGCAGGUGGCACAGGUGGUGGGCCAGUCUCUAAAUUAAUUUUAACUGACCAGGAGCAGCGAGUCCUUAGCAUCAUAGGACCCCAGGCUGCAACUGGUCUAGUUUCAGUGCAAGAAGUUGGACCACCUGAGCCACCCGUAGCAUCAAAUUUGGGCCUUCUGCCAGUAGCAGUGUCACCCACACCAAUGGAGCAAGUUGUCCAAGUUGAGAGCAUUAUUGAAGAGUGGAACAAGCCUGGGGAAGGUGGUCAAUCAGUAAGCACGUUCCACACUGAUAUGGUGGAUAAUAGUGCCAUCUCCCCCACAACACACCACGCUAUCAGCCCUCAACGGCACACCGCACCGCGACGCGCGAUCAGUGGGCGCCGCCGCUUGCUACGUUCGCCGGCACCAGCGCCCCCUCAUAGUCGUCGUGUUCCUCGGAGGCACUUUAAUGCCACCGAGCAAUUUUUAAACAGCGACGAGCACUGGCGGAAUUUGGCAACACAGUUUGUCACUGAGCAUGUAAGGCUGCGAGAAAGAGAGCUGCAACAACGAGAGGUGGAGCUCCAGCAGCAGUCUCAGUGGCAAACUCUGUUUGCCAAAUUAAUUAAUUUAGGGGAAAUUAUAGCAAAUAAAAUAAAUAGUAAA